AUGACAGAUAAUUUGUCUGCUUCUCUCAAAACAAUCCAAUAUCCUGAGAUGUCAGAAUAUGAGGCUAUUAAUAUUUACACAUUUUUCAAUCUUUUUUCCCUUUUCUUCCUUUAUCUUUUUCUUCUCUUUUUUCUUUUCUCUAAUUUUUCUCUUUUUCUUUUUUCCCAAUAUUUUUUCUUUUUCUUUCUUAUCUGUAUUUUUCUUUUUCUUUGCAUUUUUUUUCCUUUCUUCUCUGCCUUUUUCUUUUUUCUCUCCAUUUUUCUUCCCCUCUCCUGUCUUCUCUUUAUCUUCCUCCUCUCUUCUCUUAUUCUUCCACCUCUCUUUUCUUCCCUCUUUCCUUUCUUCUCUCUUUACCUUUCACUAUUUUUCAAACUGUUUUAUUAUUCUUCCUUUGGUGUUAAUUUCUUCGUGUCACUGCUCUUAUUCUGUUCUCUUUCAUUUGCAUCACACCCCUCCUCCACCCCAAACCCCCACGCACUUUCAUUUCUCUUUUACUUCCACCUUCAUGUAUCUUUUAUCUAUCAAAUACAUCCAUUAAUCUUAUCUAUCAAUUUCAUUCACAUUUGUGGAUAUCUAUCUAUCUAUCUAUCUAUCUAUCAAUUUCUUUCUCUCUCUCUCCCCACCCCACAUCUACAGGGAUGUUCAUACAAAAAUAGCCACAAUGUAAAGUCUCUUUCUUUUUAUCUCCCUUCUUUUUUUCACUUUAACUGUUUCUAUCUCUCUCUCUCUCUCUCUCUCUCUCUCUCACCUACCCUUUUUUCUAUAUUAAUUUCACCCUUUCUUUUUCUCUAUUUAUUUCAUCCUUUUCUCUUUCUAUUUAUUUCAUCCUUUUCUUCUCUAUUUCUUUCACCCUUUCUUUUUCUCUAUUUAUUUCAUCCUUUUCUCUUUCUAUUUAUUUCACCCUUUUCUUCUCUAUUUCUUUCACCCUUUCUUUUUCUCUAUUUAUUUCAUCCUUUUCUCUUUCUAUUUAUUUCACCCUUUUUUUCUAUUUCAGCUUUUUUUUUUCUCUUUUUUUGUAUCUUUCUAUUUCUUUUACUUUAUUUCUCUUACAAAUCUUUUCCCUCUUUUUCCUUAUUAUUCUUUACUGUCUUCAUUUUUAUCUUCCUUUAUUCUCCUUUCAUCCUUCUUCUAUUUUUCCUUUUUAACAUAGAUAUUCAUCCUUAUUUUCAUUUUCUUUUUUCUCUCCUUCCUUUUGUCUUCUUAUUUCUUCUUCUUUGUUCAUUUUUCAAUUACUUAUCUUCUUUCUUUCUUGUUUCAUUUAUGACCCUAAACUUGUUUUUUGUUCCUUCCCUUUAUUAUUCUUUUUCCAUUUUUUCAUUUCUUGUAUUUCUCUUUUCUUUAUUUCUUUCACCCAUUCAACACUUUUUCUUUUAUUCUGUUUUUCUCUACUCUUACUUCUUUGACAACAUUUAUUUCUUGUAUGCAUCUUCCACUUGGUCCAAUAUUUGUCUUAGUCUUAUUUUCAUCUCUCUUUCUCUCUCAGUCAAUCUCUCUUCAAUUUUCACUGAUUUAUUUAUCACUUCACGAGACAAACUUCUGUCUGAAAUGUUUAUAUUAAUACAUAACAUUUUCUUAAAAAUAUACACAAAUGUCUUUAUAGGUUGA